AAUGAUAGAAGCAUCAGAUAUCUAUAAUUCAAUAAAAGCAAACAUUCGGGAAUAGCAAGCAACAUUUGAUUUAUUAAAAUAGGCUGCAGAUAAUAGUGAUGAUAAACUUACUGAUUGCAUUUUAUUAGUUCAAGAACAUCAUAAUCUUAAUGAAGAUUUCUUAAUUGAAUUAUUAUCUAAAUUAGAAGAAUAAUUUGUUGAUGCUUCUACUCUAUUGAAAAUAUUUUAGAAGGGACUGGAUAAUCUAUAUUGUAUAAUAUUUAUAAUUAAAUGGAGAUAUUAAAUUGGGAAAAGAAUUAGCAGCUUACAUUGUUAAAAACAAAUUUCAAAGGAAGAAAGGAGAACUUUUAUUUGAAAAGCUUUUAGUACAAUUUUGUUUUGAUUUUGAAGAGGCUCAAUAUUUUUUUUAAUCUUACCUUAAUUUUGAAAAUUAAUUACUAGAAGGUGGAAAUGAAAAAGAGAAGUAUAUAUAAAUGAAUAAUAUAUAGAAUAUAAGUGAGAAAUCAAAUAAGUCAAAUCUUUUAAAGAGUAUUUAAAAUUUCAAUGUAAGGUUUAGAUAAAUUUUGGCUUCAAUAUGAGUAAUUGGAAACAAAUAAAUAGAAUUUAGAAAAAGCAUAAAAAAAUUAUUAAGGCACAAUAUAAAAGAUUUAAUAAUUGGAUAAUUUAGAACAGCAAUUCAAAAAUGUUUGCAAAAGUUAAGACGAAUAAGAAAUUCUAAACUUCUUUAAAUAAUUGGAAUAGGUAUUAGAUGAAAAAUUAAUUGAAUUCCCAAAAUUCAUAAAUUUUUAUGAAAAGUAUUUUUACUUAAGACAAAAGUCCGAAAACUUUUAGUUUUCUGACUCACUUUUGAUUCCUCUACAAGAAAAAUUUAUAUAAAUUUUGAGAUUACAAUAGAAUCCUCAUGUUUUAUAGAAAUAACUUAAGAAUUUAAUUAGAUUUUAAGCGUAACCUUUCCAAGUCUAUAUAUUGUAUUUAAGAACUUUAGAAUAAUUAAAUAGGGAUGAUGAAGAAUUUGAGUAAGAUUUUCUAUUUGCAUAAAAUUAUGUUUAAAAUGAAGAUUUAUUUAAGUUUUCGCUUGAAUUUAUUUAUCGAUAUACUAGAUAAUAUUUAACUUUGACAGAAAAAUUAGAUGAAAGAUAGACAACAAUAAGAGAAUUGUUCAAUUAAUUGGCAGAAAAGAAAUCAUAUUCUGAUUAAUAAAAAGCUAAGAUUUAUAAUGAGUUAGCAAAAGUUGAAUGUUAUUUAUUUGAUAACAAAUUAAAUUCAAGAGCAGCAUUUGAAAAAUGUGUGUAAUUGGUUUGGGACAAUAAUUCUUACUGGAAAGAUUACUAUUAUUCUUAAAUCAGCUUACCAAUACUUAAUAUUUAAUAAAGAGAUAGGUUAAGAGGUAUAUUAAAGAGAGCUGUUGAAUUAUGCUUGGAAGAUAAGAUUACAGCAUCAGAAGAUUUGCUUAACUUUGAAACGCUAUUUGGCAAUGUUGAGGAAGUAUAGAAGGCGGAAGAGAAAUUAUAAAGUGUUCUAGAAAACAUAGAAGAUAAUGAUGAGUUGAUAUAAGAAGAAGAAGAAGAAUAAUAGGAGCAUUAAUAAGAAGAGAAAAAAGGAUAGAAAAAUAAUAAUAGAAAAUAAAGUAAAGAGCUAAAUGAAGAAGAGAAGGCUCCAAAGGUCUUUACUGAUAGUUCAAAGACUAUAUUCAUAAAGUAUUUGCCAAAAGAAUUAACAGCCAAUGAAGUAAUUGCUUUGAUUCCUAAUUGCGGGGCAUUAGAAUGUAGAAUAGUCAAAGAUAAAAACUAGGUUUCAAAAGGCUUUGCUUACAUAGAUUUUACAAGUGAUGAAGAUGCUCAAUAAGCAGUUAACAUACUUAAUAAUAAGAUGGUCGGUGGGGAAAAACUAUAUGCUGCAAUUUCUAAACCUCCAAAAUUGUAUUAGGAUGAUAAGUUAACAUUAUAUUUAGACAAUUUACCAUAUAGCAUUACAGAAUAAUAAUUAGCAGCAAAGGCUGGAGAAGGAGUUAAAUAGAUCAGAAUAGUGAAAGAUUCGAAAGGAAAGCCUAGGGGAUAUGCAUAUAUAGAAUAUAAUCAAGAAGAGGACAAAUAAAAUGGAUUAGAACUUUUAAAUUAAGACCCUUACAUAGAUGGAAGGAAAUAUUUUGUAAAGUUUUCAGAUUCUCUUGAAAAAAUCAAAUAAAAUUAUUAGAAUAACUCUAUUAUUAUUAAAAAUUUACCUUUUAAAGUUAGAGAAAUUGAAAGUAAAUAUUCGGUAUUAAUUUUUAGUUAGAUAAAUCUUUGAUGGGAUGAAUAUUACAUAAAUCGAGAUUCCAAAAAAUGAAUAAGGAAAGCCUAAGGGAUUUGCUUUUGUUGAAUUUGAGAAAUAAAAACAUUUGAAGCUGGCUUUGGAUUUAAAUGGCGUUGAAUUUAAAGGCAGAAGACUAGAGAUUUAGAAAAAAGAGAAGAAAAUGAUGAGGAAAAAGGAAGAAUAGAUUGAAAUUGAAGAGGUACAAGAUUUUAAACCAAAAUCUAAUUCAGAUUUUAAGAGUUUGUUUAAGAAAUGAAUCAAAACAUAUAUAUUAUUGUAAAAUUGAAAAAGAAUAAAA